AGUUGGGUGUUUAAAGGGUACUUGUACUUCCACUAACUAACCCUAGUGGCAUUUACUGUUGUCCAGGGUUGUAACGGCUGGACGCCAGCUUGCCAGGAGUAUGGAGUUGCAAUCAAUAAAUGAUUUGGGAUUUUCCAAAAGAUAUGUGAGGUGCUUACAGAUAGCUGAAGUUGUAAAUAGCAUGAAAGACUUGAUGGACUUCUGCAGGGAUCAGAAAGCAGGGCCUCUUGAGAGCUUGAAGAAUUUCCCACGACACGCAACUGCAGCUAAGCUUCAGAUGCAAAAGGCGCAUGAAGCGGAGCAGAUGGGGCCCAAUGAUCGCAACAAGCUGAUAAUGGAAAUGCAACCGGGCGCGGUACAUAACGGUCAAAUGGGCAAUACCAACAAACAAAUGGUUAACCGCGGAGGAGUAGACUCAAGCGGGGGUGGCCCUUCAGCAGCACAAGCACCCAAUAACAACAAUAAUCAUAACCAUUACCAGAAUAUGUUGGUACGUCAGAACUCAAUGAGUACUAACAACGCUACCAAUUCUGCAGUCAAACAGGAACAAUCUUCUUUGCUCAACCAAACGCCGUUUCAAGGACAACCAAACGGCGUCUUUCUGACAUCCACCAAUAUCCAACAACAGCAACAACAACAACCUCAGCAGCAGCAGCAGCAGCAACGUUUGAUGAAUCAGCAGCAGCACACAAACAACCAGGUUGUACAACAGCAAAUCCUCCAGCAGUUGCUGCAAGAUAUUAACAGCAGUGGAAACGUGGAGGGACCCGUAUCUGCGCUCAGGAACAACAGUUUCAAAGCAGCAGCAGCUUCCAACAGCGAGUCGUCAGCCACCCCCAACAAUGGGUUCCCUCAGAGCAUGGGACACAACAAUCUUCACAUGUCUGAGGAUAUGUUGCCUGACAUAUCAUCGGAUUUCACAGAUAGCUCGUUUUUCAACAGCGAUCUUGACAACAAUAUGAACUAUGGAUGGAAAGCGUGACCGCUAGCUAACAUUUGGCCUUAGAUGAGAACUACUUUGGCAUACAUAUUUGUACAGCUUGCUUUAAACAUUACACUUCCCUUCUCUCUCUCUCCCUCUCCUGCCUGUUUUAGUAUGUUCUGUGGAGAGUAGCUGUGUGUACCCUGCUAGGUGUGCUUUUUUUCUUUUUUUUUAAAUCUCAUUUUAUUGAAUUUUCUCUCUUGCAAGUGUAAUCUACGGAGAUAUGAACUCAUCAACUUUAAUUUGGUAUUAACAGAGAGAUUGUUCACUUCUGUUCAUUAUU